CGUUGAAUACUUUCUACUUUAAGCGAAUCAACGUUACAAUGGGAAUGACCGCCUACGAAACGCACUUGAUAAAGUGAUAAAUGUGUUUAUUUAUUUGAUCUUUUUCUGAAACCGUUUUUGAUCGAUAAAUCCAUGUCUGGAAACGGAGAGACAGUUGUCGACCUUAAACAAGCUUUUCUUCGACAGCAAGUUCGGCUUUUAAGUCAGCCACUUCAGAUCUCUCGGGACUGGAGGGAUCGCGCACCAGAUGAAGGGAACGGCCCUCUGAGAGAGAAAGUUGUCGAUGAGGUUUUGCAUAAGCUCAACGCCAUUGCUCGCAGGCACAAUAAAAGUGCCUACUCCUCCGAAGCACUGAGGCAUGUUGCUGAGCAGAUAGAUGCGCUGUACUGGGAGUCUGGCGCGGUUAGUGGGGGAGCAGAUGAGCAAGACAGGUCUGGUUUAGAGCUUGGUGCAGAUCUAGCACAGCCAGAAACGAUCGAAAAGCUUCCAGAAGAAUGGCCAACUGGUGAAGGUGAAGAUGAAGCAGCUGUCGCGCGGUACCAAGAAUUACGAGAAAGAUUAUUUGAGCUUUCAACACAGCGUCAAGCGCAAAGACAGAGAUUCGAGCAUUAUAAACAGCUCCAGAAGCUGGUCGAGCCCUUUCGAAAUGCUCACGAGAAUGUUCAGCCAAACUUGGUGACACGCGAUGGUGAGCUUGGUAAAGAACUGGAUAAGAUGCGCAUCUUUAUGGCACGAGUGACAGGAAAGCUGGCAGAUGUAAGGAAUAACGAUAUAGAGGAUGAAGUGCAGAUGUCCAACACAGAAGAGAAACUAGCUGGCAUCUUGGGAGCGCAAUAGUGUUAAAGGGAAAGAGGACUGAUUCAGUACGUUUGGUUGCAUUUUCAGCGCUUGCACUUUUUUUUCUUUUUACAGAUGGCGCAGAAUGUCUGUUUAUAGAUGAGUAACUCAGAAACCUAAUCAUCUUAAUUACUGCACGUGCAUCUAAGACAUUUGAGGCAUAAUGGCAGUAGAAGGACGGUAGAUAAGAGUGACUCUGGAGUGACUACCGUAGUUCAUGCAGUAAAGGAAGUCUCGGCGGGC